AAGGACGCCGGCACUGAAGGCAGCAGAGUUAAAAUCCACGUAGAAAUUCCUGAGGCUGGGGAGCGCAGGACGGCCUAAGGCUCUUUGCACGUGGCCAUGCGGAGGUGACAGGUGUAUAUAGAUCUGCAAACCAGCAGCCGCUAGUGCGUGCGACAAAGGCAGACAGUGUUUUAGCGCGCUCCAUCAAGUUCGGUGGCUGAGAUUUAGACACUAUGUGUGUGUUCCCAGUAGCGUUCGUGCGCCGGCGUGACGGGUCCUCGCCUGUUCUCAGCUCCCUGGAGCCUCUUCGAUUUGGGCAGCCAGAUCAGUGCCUACCCACUUUCAGCCUUGGGGUUUCUUUUCCUUGCUGCAGCUCUCUGGGACCUGGUCUCCACUGGUUCCAUUUAUCCUUGGGCCAGGAAAGCCACCCUAACACCCACCAGUCCUGCUCCAAGGUGCAGAGCAGCCGUUCUAAGGCACUGCUGAACUAGGGAGGCCGAGAAUCCAGUCCAGAAUAGAAAUGUCCCAGGGCUUUGGUCAGGAGUUAGACUCUCUACCUAUUCCCAGAUUUGCCCUACUCCUAGAGUUCUUGAGCCAAGGUUUUGUUUUGUUUUGUUUUGUUUUUUUAAUGUAAAAUCAGAUCGGUGUUUAAGGAGCGGCAGGAUAUGCCCACCUCACAUCGUUGAGCACAGGGCACUUUGGUGAGGGCUUGGGUACUUAGCCAGAAGGGCACCUGCUAUGGAAACACAGGCUGCACCUGCCCAGGUUGGAAGGAUCAUGUCACAGAGGUGUGUAUGUGGCAAGGGGGCGGGGUCCCAUGCUUGCCUAGUCUGCUUGGUGGGCUUUGAACGUGGUAACUGAUUCCAGGUGGUGGAAAUGGAGCGGGACAGGGAAGCCUAGGCAGGUGCAAGGUGGGCGGGGCUGGGUCCUGGGCUUUGUCUUCAGGUGUUUGCAGAACCAGGGUGGGGGUGUGCCAUCUCCAAGGCUCCAGGGUCAUUGCACAGAACGGCUGCCUCGAACCAACUGCUAGGUCCCUCAGAGAAGUGACUGAUACAGAGGUUGUAGCUUAGGCACCACUGCCCUGUCCAGCCCCUCCGUGUAGCCCCUGAUGAUGGCCCUUUGGCUCCUGCUUCAUCUUACCUUCCUCAGGCUCGCAACCACUCAGCCCUUCACCCAGGAGCAUGGCUUUGGCACACUGGGCCCCAGGUCAUGGAGUAACCGCAACCUCCGUUUCUCAGUCUGGCCAUCCUUCAACCUCAGCUCACCCCAGGAGUUUCAGGAAAUCAUCCAGAUUCCGAACAACGGAAGUGCGCCCCUGCUUGUGGAUGUGCAAGUGUUCGUGUCAAACGUGUUUAAUGUGGACAUCCUGCGGUACACAUUGUCCUCCAAGCUGCUGCUUCGGCUGUCUUGGCUGGACACUCGCCUGGCCUGGAAUUCAACUGGGCACCAGCUGGGCACAGUCACAUUGCCCUGGGACUCACUCUGGACGCCAGGACUUGUUAUCCAGGAGGCGAUCUGGGUGAACUGGCAGGACCAGAACCCGCGGGCCCGGGUGGACCAGGAUGGCCACGUCGAGCUCUACCUGGCCCUCACCACAGAAACCAACUGUGACUUUGAGCUCUUCCACUUCCCCAGAGACCAGAAUGAAUGCAAGCUCAGCUUCUUCGCUCUCAGCAACACUGUGAUGGAGCUGGAGUUCCGAGCCAGCGUGGUGAAUGAGAUCGUGAGUGUCAAGAGGGAAUAUGUAGUUCAGGACAUGAAAGCUCAGACCCCAUCCCAGCAGCUGGUGCCAUGCUUUGAGGUGACGUUGAGCGUGCAGAACACAGCGCUGAAGGCCAUCAUAGCGCUAGUGGUUCCCGGGCAGGCGCUGCUACUGGCUGACUUGUGCGGGGGGCUGCUGCCCCUUGGGACUGAGCGCACUGCCUACAAGGUGACCCUGCUGCUGAGCUACCUGGUCUUCCACUCCUCCCUGGUGCAGUCCCUGCCCAGCUCCUCCUCUUGCAACCCGCUGCUCAUUUACUACUUCACCGCCCUGCUGCUGCUGCUCUGUGUCAGCACCACCGAGACCGUGCUGUUGGCUGGGCUGCUGGCCAGGGAAAACGUCAGGGCUGAGAGCAGCCCCAGCUCAGCCCCGAGGGGAGAGCAGCAAGACUGUGGGAACCCAGGGCCUAGUCCUGAAGAAGCCCUCAGUGGAGUAAAAGGGUCAAGGAUGAGCCAGGCUGAGUUUGCCGACCACAUCUUCUUCCUGGUGUAUGUGGCGGGGGUGAUGUGUGGCCAGUGCAUCUUUGCUGGCCUCUGGAAGUGGGUGACGUGCCAGGCUGACCCAGCCCCUGGCAAAGCCGCACAGCACGGUGGGCAGCCCAAGCUGUAACGGGCAGGGCCCAGGCUGCAGAUGUGGGAGAGGGCUCUGACAGGGUCUCUGGAGAGAGGCGGAGGGAGGCCGACUCUCUU